AUGUCGGAGCUACAGAAUAAAUCGUUUACAUUGAACACAGGAGCCAAAGUCCCGGCGAUUGGCUUUGGGACAUGGAAAGCUGGUCCUGGCGAGGCGGCCGCCGCUGUGAGGGCGGCUUUUGAAGCUGAUGGAAAUGAAGCAGAGAUUGGCGAGAUAUUCAAGACAACAAAUAUCCCGAGAGAGGAUUACUUCGUCACUACAAAGCUCUGGUCCUCUGACCACCGUCGCAUUCCCUCUGCUUUACAAAAAUCCCUCAACGAUCUCCAACUCGACUAUGUUGAUCUUUACCUCAUGCAUUGGCCUGUUACCCUCCCGACCGCAUCCCCAGAGACAUAUGGCAAAGAAGAUCGUACGGCCCAUGACCCUGACUGGGACUUCACCGAUACCUGGCGGGAGAUGGAGAAGCUUCUAGAGACUGGGAAAGUACGUGCGAUCGGUGUGGCGAACUUUUCAACCGUCAAUCUCGAGAAGCUGCUGCAAAACUGCAAAAUUGUACCCGCGGUCAAUCAAACGGAAAUCCAACCCUUGCUCCCCCAGAAGCGGUUGAACGCACUGUGUACUCAGCGUGGCGUGCAUCAAACCGCGUUCGGACCUCUUGGGGGAAGUGGUAGUACUCUUCACGAUAACCCCGUCGUCAAUGAGAUUGCGGAUCAGAGAGCGUGCAGCUCUGGAAAUGUGCUGCUCAGCUGGGGAGUCCGAAAGGGGUGGAGUGUCAUUCCGAAGAGCGUGAAUGUUGCUCGGAUUGAAGGAAAUCUCAACAAGUGUUUUGUGAUGAACGACCAGGAAGUUGCGAAGAUCGAUGGACUGGUAGAGACACUCGGCGCGAAGCGAUUCAAUCGCCCUAAUUGGGGCACGACUAUCUUCCAUGACGACGAGGCAGAGAACGUGCAAUAA